AUGCGCGGUCGCUAUUUGAAUGACGCCACCCAAUCGUCAACCUUCGCUUCAAAUCGUGCUCAGAACCACCUGCAACCACAGAACACACCAACCUACGCACUUCAUCUUACCGACGGCGUGACAACCAUCAAGGCGGUGGAAAUUGGCACCAAAUUCAAUCCACAUGGAAGAUCACCGGAGGAAUGUUUUCGUACUGGCGCUAAGGUGAAAUUACGAGGCCCCUUGAAAUUGUUGAAGGGAGUGCUGAUGCUACCGGCUGGAAGUAUAUCAAGUCCUGAGGCGACUAGUCAGUCGGAAAAUGCCCAGUGCCGAUUGCUUGGUGGAGAGGUGGAGUUUGCAGACCCAACUCAGAAUGAGGUCGACCUUAUCCUACAACGCGAACUCCUUAUCAAACUCGAUCUUUCUCCAGAUAAUCCUCCGGAUUGGUUUCCCGGUCGCCGAGUUCUUCCUGCUACUACUAACUCUUCAGAAGAACGUGGAUCCACGGUCACUGGCACAGAUCGUCAAUCAAAUGCUCGGACAGCAACAGAACAACUUCGUCAACCUCCAACUCAACAAAGCGUUCAAAAUAGACCGCUGAGGAGUGUUCUUUUCUCAACAGAUGAUAGCACAAAUCAGCCAAGUGUAAAUUCAACUCAUCAAGCGGGUUCUAUUCAGACAGUUCGUUCACAAACGAGCCGGCAAAAUCUUCACCCACUUACAGAGGGAAUUCCCGAAGAGCAGAUAGAGACAGAAGCUCUUUUUGACGAUGAUGAUUAUUUACUUGCAUCUGCAGUGGAGAAUUUUGAGAGUAUGGCAUCAACAGGUACCGGCAAUGCAAUCGAAGGUAAGUGA